UGACCACUCGAGUUUCAUUUGUUAAAGCAGACUACGUGGGGAAAGUAGACAAACAGCUCUAAAACAGCUCAGAAAAUACCUUGGUUUAACCUCGGGACAUGACCCAAUCUCUGCUGGAUACUUCUCAGGUAAAAUGGUGUUGUCAUUGGCACCUGCGGUUGUAGCUCUCUACUUCCUGACUACACAUGUGAUAACAGAAAGCACCAGAUGUGUUCCCAAGGACUUCGGCCAUGACUCCAUCGUGUGUGUCUGCAAUGCGACUUACUGUGAUGAUAUGAAGUUAAUCGCCCUACCUCCCGUGGGAAAGUACUCGUCCUACCUGAGUAACAUGGCGGGCAGCAGAUUUGAGCCGGGACAAGGAGUGUUUCAGAAGAACAGCACAGGAUCAGGUGUCAGGAUAAACAUCAGCCGCAGUCAGAAGUAUCAGAAGAUCAGGGGUUUUGGGGGAGCUAUGACAGAUGCUGCAGCGAUCAACAUCAUGUCACUCUCCUCUGGUGCUCAAGAUAAACUCUUAAGACAGUAUUUCUCCUCUGAAGGUAUCGGCUACAGUGUGGUGCGUGUUCCCAUGGCGAGCUGUGACUUCUCCACUCGUUUGUACACUUACGCUGAUACGCCCGAGGAUUAUAACCUCAACCACUUCACCUUGGCUCCAGAGGACACUCAACAUAAGAUUCCUCUUUUACUGAGAGCCCAGAGCAUGUCCCCAGAGCCUCUCUCUCUGCUGGCCAGUGCAUGGAGCGCCCCCGCCUGGAUGAAGACCAAUGGUGCACUUAUUGGAAAAGGCUCUUUGAAGGGAUCACCUGGAGGCAAAGAGCAUAAAACCUGGGCACAGUAUUAUAUCCGGUUUUUUGAGGAAUAUGCAAAAUAUAACUUGACCUUCUGGGCACUGACGACGGGAAACGAGCCGAGCGCAGGGAAAAUGACAAACUACAGUUUCCAGGCUCUGGGGUUCACGCCCGAGGAGCAGAGGGACUGGGUGGCUCUAGACCUGGGCCCUGCGCUUCACUCCUCUCAGUUUAAAAACACUCACGUCCUGAUCCUGGAUGAUAAUCGACUGUUGUUGUCACACUGGGCCAAAGUGGUGUUGAGUGAUGUGCAUGCUGGCAGGUACAUUCAUGGUGUUGCAGUUCACUGGUAUUUCGACCGCCUUGUUCCACCUGGGCCAAGCCUGGGGACCACCCACCACCUCUACCCCGAGUAUUACCUGUUUGGGACAGAGGCCUGUGAGGGCUUUACUCCAAUAGACCGAGGGGUGAAACUGGGGAGCUGGUACAGAGCUGAACAAUACGCACAUGACAUUCUAGAGGACUUAAAUCAUUACGUGGUGGGUUGGACCGACUGGAACCUGGCUUUAGACCAGACUGGAGGACCAAACUGGGUUAAAAACUUUGUGGACAGCCCUAUUAUAGUGGAUGCACAGAAUGAUAUCUUCUACAAGCAACCGAUGUUUUACGCCAUGGCUCACUUCAGCGCGUUUCUGUGGAGAGGGUCUCAGAGAGUGGGAGUAUCUGCCAGUGUCAAAACAGAGCUUGAAUACACAGCCUUUAUCAGACCAGACGGAGCAGUGGUGCUAGUUAUAUUAAACAGGUCGUCAUCUGAGAUAAACUUUGAGGUGUGGGAUCCUGAGGUUGGUUACUUUACCUCCACUGCUCCAGCUCGCUCCUUACUCACUUUUGCCUGGAACACACUCUGACACUUAUUUUUGAAGCCUUAAUUAGAGGUUAGAGAUAUGCCAAAAUAUCCUAUCAGCAUUUCAGAUUUGAUCACAAUAAAUAUAUGCACUUUACUUUCUAGUUUUAAAAUAUCUAAGCUAAAUCCUCUGAGUGUUUUCCAGUGGUUGCUUAAAUCCAAAGAGACAAAAAAGCUGCAUUAAAGAGAAGACCACUGACCUAACCUCCUAAUUGGACGACUCAUUGGCACACAGUCCCAUCACAACUCAUCUUGUUAUGUCACUCACCUCUCACCUUAAUGACUGCACUUCUUAACUAUUCUAUGCACUGAUAUUUCAGGAACAACUGGAAAAUCAAAUGUAGAGAUAAAUGACAUUACCUAAACUGUGAGAUGUAUGGUCCAUGCUUUUCAUGUUUACAUUUGUAAUAAACUCAUGAUUUUAUGGCCUUUUAUGGCUGUUUUU